GGCUUCUCCCCCCGCGUCCGUCUGCUUCUUUGUCAAACUCCUUGCGCUUUCUGGUCAAUCAUCACUUAUUCGCCUUUCUUCUACACUCCCACCUCCUCUGUUAGCCCCCAGAGGGAAAAGAAGGAACAGAAGAACCAAGAAAAAUCAUAAGGGAAAGCGGUAGCCUUCGGAUCCAGGCGUGCCGGAGGCACUUUUCUUGAUGGACAACGCUACGGACAAUGACAUGCUCGUCGACGAAUACGAGCAGUAUCACAAUAAUAAUAAUGACAGAACGGAUGUCGUCGUCGUCUCUCGCUCCGGUUCAGAGGAACUGGAGCAAGAGCAAGAGCCAGAGCCAGAGCCUCUAGCAAAUGACUAUCCGGCGAUGAUGGCACGAUGUCUUCCCAAGAUCCCAGAUUUGGAGACCGAGGAUGAGGCAUAUCACACAUGGCACAUCCAGGACUGGCGAAAAAUGAGACAUAAGGAGCAUGGUCCGAUUUUCCAAUGCGCGGGAUCCCCAUGGCGGAUCCUAUUCUUCCCGUACGGUAAUCACGUUGAACACGCUUCAUUUUACUUGGAACAAGCAUGGGAGAAGGAACCCCCGGAGAAUUGGUACGCCUGCGUGCAGUUUGCAUUGGUCCUGUGGAAUGUGAAUGAUCCAAGCAUCUAUGUUACGCACGUCGCCACGCAUCGUUUCAAUGUCGACGAAGGGGACUGGGGGUUCACAAGAUUCUACGACUUCCGAAGACUAUUUACCAUGCCAUGGGAGGGCCGAGGCACUCCACUUGUGCAGAAUGACGAAGCAAAUAUUACGGCUUACGUCCGUGUUGUUAAGGAUCCUACGGGCGUCCUAUGGCACAGCCUUCAGAACUACGAUUCCAAGAAGGAGACUGGUAUGGUAGGGCUGCGGAACCAGGGUGCAACCUGUUACCUUAAUUCACUCCUACAGUCAUUGUAUUUUACCAAUGCAUUCCGGAAGGCUGUCUAUCAGAUCCCUACCGAAAACGAGGCCACACGGGAGAACAGUGCCUGGACUCUCCAGAAACUGUUUUAUUCCCUGCAGACAAGCGACCUUCCAGUCUCGACUACGGAGCUCACCGCGUCUUUUGGCUGGGAAUCGCGACAAAUCUUCGAGCAGCAGGAUGUCCAAGAACUUUCGAGAAAAUUGAUGGAGCGGCUUGAGGAAAAGAUGAAGGGCACGCCGGCCGAAAAGGCAUUAGCUGAACUGUUUGUUGGGAAAACAAAGACUUACAUUUCUUGCAUCAACGUCGACUACGAAUCCUCGCGUAUUGAAGAUUUCUGGGAUAUCCAGCUGAACGUGAGAGGAAACAAGACACUUGAAGACAGCUUCAGGGACUACAUUCAGGUGGAGACUUUGGAAGGCGAGAACAAGUACGAUGCGGGUCAGCCGUACGGUUUGCAAGACGCCAAGAAGGGUGUUAUCUUUGAGAGCUUCCCACCUGUCUUGCAUCUUCACCUGAAGCGCUUUGAAUAUGACAUCAACCGUGAUGCGAUGAUGAAGUUGAAUGACCGACACGCUUUUCCUUUGGAAUUUGAUGCGAGCCCUUAUAUGUCUAAUGAUGCCGACAAGUCGGAGCCCUGGGUGUAUCAAUUGCACGGUGUGUUGGUGCACAGUGGUGACUUCAAUGCUGGCCAUUAUUAUGCCUUUAUAAAGCCCAACAAGGAAGGGUUCUUUUACCGAUUUGAUGACGAUAAGGUGACCCGCGCAACGGAAAAGGAGGCUCUUGACGAGAACUUCGGUGGAGAAUAUGAAUUGGCCAAUGGAACGCCAGGAGUUAGACAGCCUUAUACUCGAACUUUGUCUACCAAACGAUCUAUGAACGCAUACAUGCUCGUUUACAUUCGUAAAUCGAGAUUGGAUGAAGUUCUCGUGCCAAUUACCAAAGACGAUGUCCCUUCACAUAUUGAGAGGCGACUGAUGGAAGAUCGGGCGGAGAUUCUCCGUAGGAAGAAAGAGAGGGAAGAAGCUCACCUUUAUAUUCAGAUUGGAGUCUUAAGUGAGGAAUCCUUCAAAUCUCACCAUGGAUUCGAUUUGACCAGUCCUGAUCUACCUGCCGGAGACCCGGCGCUUCCGAAACAAUAUCGAGUAUUAAGAGCCAAAAAGAUCGGUGAGUUCGCAAAGGAAUUGGCAGAAGAGAACGGGCAUAAACCGGAGCAGGUCCGUUUUUGGAUCAUGGUAAACCGUCAGAAUAAGACAACACGCCCAGAUCAGGUCAUUAGGGAUCCGGAUCUUACUGUUGAGGAGGUAUAUAGCAGGUUUGGGACGAAAGGUAACCCAUUCCGUCUCUGGAUGGAAGUAGGCAAGCCUGCUGCGGAUGGAAGUAUCUCUUGGCCCGACAGCAACACUUCAGUCCUCGUGUUUUUGAAGCAUUUCGAUGUCAUCGCGCAGACUUUGACUGGUGUUUCCGCCGUCUACGUUCGCAAGGCUCAAAGAGUAGCCGAGCUCGCACCAACGAUUCUAGAAGCGAUGAACUGGCCCGCUGGCACCGAGUUCAUGCUCUUUGAAGAAAUCAAACACACGAUGAUCGACCUAAUGAAACCGAAACAGACAUUCCAACAGUCGGAGAUCCAAGAUGGAGAUGUUAUAACAUUCCAGCGGAUUGUCAAAGAAUCAGAACUCCCACCCACGGCGCUGUACAUGGAUGCGAUGCAGUAUUAUGACUACCUCUUGAACAGGAUGAACGUGAACUUUGCGCCCGUAAAAGCAGGAGAGGGCGACGAAUUCACCCUAACCCUCAGCCGAAAGAUGACAUACGAUCAGUUCUCGAAGAAGGUUGGCGAACAUCUCAAUGUUGACCCUACACACUUACGAUUCGCGCCGGUCAUGGCUAGCACCGGGAAACCAAAGCAAUUCCUCAAGCGGAAUAUCAGCCAGAAUCUGUACCAAAUUCUUAAUGGUCAGUAUGGUGCCUAUGGGUAUAGCAUGCAUCGCCCGGAUGCCCUCUAUUAUGAAGUCCUUGAUAUGAGCCUUAGUGAUUACGAAUCCAAGAAAUGUCUCAAGGUGACUUGGCUUCCAGAAGGUAUCACUAAAGAGCAAGUUAUUGAGGUUCUUGUAUCUCGAAGUGGGACGAUUGCGGAUCUUCUCGUUGGGUUACAGAAGAAGGCGAAUUUGGAUGACGACACAAUUCGACACGUUAGAGUGUUCGAGGCGCAUAGUGGAAAGAUAUACAAGGAGCUUAGAGACGACUUUAGUAUAACCGGGCUCAACGAGUUUGUCACAUUAUACGCGGAAAAAAUACCGCAAGAGGAACUCAACAUGUCAGAAGGCGAGCGCCUUAUCAAUGCUUUCAACUUCGAUCGAGAGCCUGGAAAACCACACGGCGUGCCCUUCAAGUUUGUUGUGAAGCCUGGUGAGAUCUUCAAAGAGACGAAAGAUCGGCUCUCUAAACGCACCGGCAUCAAAGGGAAGCAAUUUGAGAAGAUCAAGUUUGCAGUUGUCCCUCGGGUCAUGUACUCAAAUCCACGAUAUCUUGAAGAUGGUGAUAUACUGUCCGACAUAGCCAGCGACCCGGACGACCUCCUCGGUCUCGACCAUGUAAAUAAGAGCCGGAGCUUUUGGAACAGGAGCGAAUCUUUCUUCAUCAGAUAGACUGCAUCGGAAGUCGACGGCCCCGUGAUUGCAUGUGGGUGGCGGAUACUGUCUAUUUUCCAAGACAGGUGUGGCACGGGCGGUUGUAGACGUAGUAGUAUACAUGCCUAGAUGCAGACAUGGCUAUAUUGAGAGAUCUUCGAGCGGAAUGAAGAACCUGUUGGUAGCUGCCUUUUGACCUGACUCCUGGCAUGGGCUCCGCAUGCAUUGGGGUUAAGAAGUCAUGCGGUGUUUCUUGUACGGGAGGCAGCAUAUUCUCAGAUUACUCGAAUACUUUCUCCUUUCUAGAAAUAAUGAUCAUGGAGUGAUGGUGAUAACUUGGAACGUAUGCUGGACAGUGGUAUUAUUUGUGUUGCUAUCUGUGAGCUCGGAUGCAAAC